CGGCCGUGCUGCUGCCCUCCGGACGACCAUGCCGAACUUCUGCGCCGCCCCGAACUGCACACGGAAGAGCACGCAGUCCGACCUAGCCUUCUUCAGGUUCCCUCGGGACCCGGCCAGAUGCCAGAAGUGGGUUGAAAAUUGUAGGAGAGCAGACUUAGAAGACAAAACCCCCGAUCAGCUAAAUAAGCAUUAUCGACUAUGUGCCAAACACUUUGAGACCUCUAUGAUCUGUCGAACUAGUCCUUAUCGUACAGUUCUUCGAGAUAAUGCAAUACCAACAAUAUUUGAUCUCACCAGUCAUUUGAACAAUCCACAUAGCAGACACAGAAAACGAAUAAAAGAGUUGAGUGAAGAUGAAAUCAGAACACUGAAACAGAAAAAAAUUGAGGAAACUUGUGAACAAGAACAGGAAACGAACAACACUGCUCAGAACCCCAGUGCCGAAGCGGGGAGCCAGCAGGAUGCAAGCGUGUUACCUCUCACCCUCGAAGAGAAGGAGAACAAAGAGUACCUCAAGUCGCUGUUUGAGAUCCUGAUCCUCAUGGGGAAGCAGAACAUACCCUUGGAUGGGCACGAGGCUGACGAGGUCCCAGAAGGCCUCUUUGCUCCAGACAACUUUCAGGCCUUGCUGGAGUGCCGGAUCAAUUCUGGAGAAGAGGUCCUGCGGAAGCGAUUUGAGACCACAGCGGUGAACACGCUAUUCUGCUCUAAAGCUCAGCAGAGACAGAUGCUGGAGAUCUGCGAGAGCUGCAUCCGGGAGGAGACACUCAGGGAAGUGAGGGACUCACACUUCUUUUCUAUCAUCACAGACGACGUGGUGGACAUAGCAGGGGAGGAGCACCUGCCCGUGCUGGUGAGGUUUGUCGAUGAAGCUCACAACCUGAGAGAGGAGUUUGUGGGCUUCCUGCCGUACGAAGCCGAUGCAGAGAUUUUGGCUGUGAAAUUUCACACUACAAUAACUGAGAAGUGGGGGUUGAAUAUGGAGUAUUGCCGUGGUCAGGCCUACAUUGUGUCCAGUGGGUUUUCUUCCAAGAUGAAAGUUGUUGCUUCAAGACUUUUAGAAAAAUACCCCCAGGCCGUCUACACCCUCUGCUCUUCCUGUGCCUUAAAUGCGUGGCUGGCGAAGUCUGUCCCUGUGAUCGGGGUGUCCGUGGCUUUAGGGACGAUCGAGGAAGUCUGUUCUUUUUUCCACCGGUCACCACAGCUGCUCUUAGAACUUGACAAUGUGAUCUCUGUUCUUUUCCAGAACAGCGAAGAGCGAGGGAAGGAACUGAAGGAAAUCUGCCAUUCCCAGUGGACAGGCAGGCACGACGCCUUUGAGGUCUUGGUGGAUCUCCUGCAAGCACUUGUUCUGUGUUUAGAUGGCAUAAACAGCGACACGAGUAUCAGGUGGAAUAACUGCAUAGCGGGGCGAGCGUUUGUGCUCUGUAGCGCAGUGACAGACUUUGAUUUCAUUGUUACCAUUGUUGUUCUUAAGAAUGUGUUAUCUUUUACGAGAGCCUUUGGGAAGAAUCUCCAGGGACAAACCUCGGAUGUCUUCUUUGCAGCCAGUAGCCUGACUGCAGUACUACAUUCGCUUAAUGAGGUGAUGGAGAACAUCGAAGUUUAUCACGAGUUUUGGUUUGAGGAAGCCACAAACUUAGCAACCAAACUUGACAUUCAAAUGAAACUCCCAGGGAAAUUCCGGAGGGCCCAGCAAGGUAACCUGGAAUCUCAGCUAACCUCUGAGAGUUACUAUAAAGACACCCUCAGUGUUCCCACGGUGGAGCACAUUAUUCAGGAGCUUAAAGAUAUAUUUUCUGAGCAGCACCUCAAAGCUCUGAAAUGCCUGUCUCUGGUCCCCUCGGUGAUGGGGCAGCUCAAAUUCAACACCUCAGAGGAGCACCAUGCCGACAUGUACAGAAGUGACCUCCCCAAUCCCGACACGCUCUCGGCCGAGCUGCACUGCUGGAGGAUCAAGUGGAAGCACAGAGGGAAAGACAUCGAGCUCCCGUCCACCAUCUACGAGGCUCUCCAUCUUCCUGACAUCAAGUUUUUCCCCAAUGUGUAUGCCUUGCUGAAGGUCCUGUGUAUUCUCCCUGUGAUGAAGGUUGAGAACGAGCGCUAUGAAAAUGGACGGAAGCGUCUCAAGGCGUAUCUGCGGAACACUUUGACAGACCAGAGGUCAAGUAAUCUGGCUUUGCUUAACAUAAAUUUUGAUAUAAAACAUGAUCUGGAUUUAAUGGUGGACACAUACAUCAAACUCUAUACAAAUAAACCAGAGCUUCCCACGAAUAAUUCGGAAACCAUUGAAAAUGCCUAAUAGAUUUCUAAAACGACUGUCAUUCUUGUGUUUGCCGUUUGGAAGAAAAGCGUAAGGUGCGGUGGGUCAGUUAACCGCUGCGUGCCUUGCCACGAGACCUCCAGUUAAAUGCGUCAUUAGCUGUUGGUAGUCCACAUAUUGGCCCCUGUUUGAACUCUCAUGCUUUCCAUACCUGUCUGCUCCCGGGAGUUGGCGUUGGGAAUGUCAGAAUGCCUCCCUGCUGGUGGCACUCGGGAACUGUUUAAGUUAAAGCUGUUUUAGAUAUAACAUUAUCAUUGUGGAUUCAGUUGUCAGCUGUUGCGUUAUCAGGCCUUUGAAAAAUGAAUUUGUGAGAGAUACAUUUUUUAAUGUAUUGCGAUGAAGUACACCAUUGACUUUUGACCUGUAGGAGUUAUGGGUGUUUAAAAUUUGUGGUAGCAGCACUUGGGAGGCAGAGGCAUGAGGAUCACAAGUUUUAGUCCAGCCUGGGCUACGUAGUGGAACUGUCUCAAAAAAAAAAAAAAACAAGAGCCGGGGAUAGCUCAGUGGAGCACUUGCCGAGCACGUACAAGCCCAAACCUCAGGAUUGCAAGAGCGGAAAAGAAAGGAAAAAAAGCAACAGAAUCCAACUGCAUGAUGAUCAGUCCCAGGAAUUACAAAGGAAGUCUGUGAGCUCAGCAAGCAGGUUUCAGUAGUCUGUCCAGGACAGAAGGACCCCAGAGGAACAGGUGAACGGCAGAGCCAGGCGCUGUCUACCCGUUUGGUUGUUGCUGUUUGCAUUCCUUUGUUGAGCCCACAUUUCCAUAGCCCUUUCCACAGGUAAAUUCACUUCUGCUCCACGGUGAAGACAGGCAAAGGCCACCCAUACAGGCAACCGACUAGUCCGUUUUCUUGUUUUUCGUGAUUAUGUCUACCGCCGUGUCUUGAUUUAUAAGCAAACCUACAAAAAUAAAUGUUUUGUGGUUUAUCUAAAAAGUAAUACAGAAAAUAUUACUGUUAUUUUUGGUGAAUAAAAUCAAUUUUGUACAGUUUAUUUCAAUCUAAAUAAAAUGUGAAUUUUGUUUAAAUUUCAAAAA